CGCCAUGCAACUUUGAGACGCCCCCCAUACGCGCACUCGCGCUUGAAGUUGACUUUUGAUUGUUCCCCGUCGUCCAUGUGGACCAAUUACGACUGAGGGUCGGGUCCAGCGGUAACCAAACCGAGAAAGGAGCGUUGCGGUCAGCAGUGCAUUUGGCAAGCAACGUUACGCGCAACCAUUAUGACCAAGCGCAAAGGAAAAAGUAACAACAAACUGGACGACAGUUUGGUACUUUUGGAGCCGUCUGUUGCGCAACCGAGAGCACUUAAAGAAUAUGCCGUUCCUGCUGCUCUUUUCUUUAUUUUUGUUGUCGGUGGAUCAACAGCAGUUUGGUUCUGCAGUCAGCAACAGCAAACCAUCGACAGCCUUACGGAGUCGCUCAAUGCAAUGCAGCUUAGGAUAACCAAGUUCCAGCAGCAGUUGGGGAUUGGAAAUGCACAGGGCACCAGUAUGGGUGUUUUUGAGGAGCGCCUACAAGCACUAGAAGAGGCUUACACACGUGCUCAAGAAAAGGCGAAUGUUGGCCUGGCCACCUCGGAAAAAAUCCAUUCCACAGAUCUUAACAGUCAAGUGUGGGCUCUUCAGUCAGAGAUGAACGCCAAACUUUCUGAACUCCAGCAGACGACGGUUUCCACUGCGACUCUGAAUGCCAUGCUCAAGAAUAAGACUGAAGAAUUGGAGAAACUGAAGCAAAGGAUUAAGUCUGUCCUCAGUGCUAACUCGGAAGUAGCGGUUAGCAUUUCUGGGCUAACAGACACUGUUUUAAUCACCACAUCACGUCUUGAUGAGCAGAUAUCCACCGUGGAGAGUCUCAACUCUCGGUUGGAGCUGCAGAAAACGGAGAUGGCUAGCCUGAAGGAGUCUUUUGCAGACAACCAGAAGGCUCUGGAAAGAAACAGACAGGAAGUGAUUGACAUCAAGGACCUGCUGGAGAUGGAACAAAUAAGAAGAACCCAAGCACUGGAGGAUCAGCUUAUGUCUGUCCGUAGAAGUCUGGAGGACCAUCAGAAGAGCACUCAUAGCCUUCACUCGCACCUUGCUGCUCAGCUUGAGAUCGUCCAGAGCCAGAUGUCAUCUCAAAGCCAGCAAUCUAGUCCUGCAGAGGAAGUGAUUCAAAUAAAGGAGCAGCAUGCAGCAACUGAGGAAGAGCUGGUUCCAGUUAAGGAUGAAGAAAUUAAUGAAGAUGAGAAUCAGACCGUAACUGAAGAGGAAGCAAAUGCUGGGGAUGUUCAUGGUGUAGAGGAAAAAGCUGUAGAAGAGCAUGUGAUAACUGAGAAGGAAAAACCUGCUGAGGAUGUCCUUGAGGAAGGUGUUAAAGAGCAAGCUGAGGAGGAUGAAAUGGCUGAGGAACAGGAUAAGGAAGCUGUAACUGAUGAGAAUGAACAAGCUGAUGAGGUCCAGGUCAAGGAAGAUGUUACUGAAGUAACCGGGCAUGAGGAAAUACCUGAGGAGCUGGAGGUCAGAGAUGAUGAUGUUGAGGACCAGAUGGUAUCUGAGGAGGAAGAACCAGCUAAGGAACUGGAGGUCAAAGAAGAUGCUGAAGACCAGGUGGGAUCUGAGGAGGAAGAAGCAGCUGAGGAACUGGAGUUCAAAGAAGAUGCUGAAGACCAGGUUGGAUCUGAGGAGGAAGAACCACCUGAGGACCUUCAGGUCCAGGGGAAGGAAAAUGUCAAAGAUCAUUCAGUAAUUGAAGAGGAUGUUAUACCCGAGGAAGAUCAGGUCAAGGAUGGAGAUGUUGCUGAGAAGCAGGAUGAAGUACCUGAUGGGCAUGGAGAAGAAGCUGAUGAGGAACAAACAGAAGAGGCUUAUGCCAAGGAGGACCUGACAACCACGGAGAAAGCUGAAAGCAACGCAGUGAAUGCUGCUGUUCCUUCAGAAGAUCAGUUAGUGGGCGAUAACAGCCAAGAGGAGAGUCAGCAAGAUUCAUUUGAAGAACCAGUGGAAGAAAUUGGAGAGCAGAUAGACUUAGAAAAAUUGGAACAUGUGUAUGACUCUGAGGAGGAAGAGGAAGAACCUGCUGAGGAGCUUGUGGAAGAGCUAGAUGAAUAAGACAUUUCAACCAACAUUGCUUGAGUUACUAUGAGGAUAUGGGUUGAAAAUAAGACUUUUCUUGAGGACUUAAAGGAGGUUUUCCCACCGAAUUAUGUAAAACAUGACUGUCUCACACUUGCUGUAAUGUUCCUCAGUCUUACGUCAUACUGGAACGUGAACUUUUGAAUCUAGUGAAGAUUUUCAGAUUCACUGAAGAAUUUGUUCUUCGAGUGCAUUCUCUGCAAAUGGUGAAUUGCUCUGUUUACACAGAAAUGUAAAAAUGUUGUUGCACUGGGUUAUGCAUUAAACAGAUUGUAGCAUUUUUCA